AUGGCCAGCCCCGAAGACUCCGUCAUCUCGCUCGAGUACCGCGGCCGCGUGGCGCUGCUCACGAUCGACAAUGACCGCAAACUCAACGCCAUGUCCCAGCCGCAGUACUACGACCUCGCCCAGAAGCUGCGCGAGAUCGCCACCCACGACGAGGUCUUCAUCACCGUUCUGACGGCCAAGGGACGUUACUUUUCAGCCGGCGCCGACGUCUCCAUCGCGCGCGAGUCCCCCGCCGGCCCGGCCGCCCACAAGCACUGGCUGCAGGGCUUCGUGGCCUUCAACCUGAACAUCACGCAGGCCUUCUACACGCACCCCAAGAUCCUCGUCGUCGGCCUCAACGGGCCGGUCAUCGGCCUCUCGGCGGCCCUCGUCUCCUUCGCCGACUUCGUCUACGCUGCGCCCUCCGUCUUCCUCCUGACGCCCUUCUCGUCCCUGGGGCUGGUCGCCGAGGGCGGCGCCUCGCGCGCGCUCGUCCAGCGCCUCGGCAUCUCCAAGGCCAACGAGGCGCUCAUCAUGAGCAAGCGCAUCUCGGCGGCCGAGCUGCUGCACACGGGGUUCGUGAACAAGAUCUUUGAGGAGUGCGGCAAGGGCGAGGACGCCAAGUUCCGCGAGCUGGUGCUGAAGGAGGUCGACGAGAGGCUCGGGGAGCACCUGAUCGGGGACAGCUUGACGGGGAUCAAGGCGCUGAUUAGGAGGCCGGAGAUGGACGCGAUGGAUAAGCAGAACUCGCAGGAGGUGUUUGCGGGGAUUGAGAGGUUCAUGAAGGGGAUUCCGCAGGAGGAGUUCCGGAAGAUCGCGAGCGGUGAGAAGAGGCACAAGCUUUGA